AAUAAAUAAAUAAAUAAAUAAAGUCAUUUAAAAUCACCAAAUCGAAGAGUCGCAAAGGAAAAAGAAGAACAAAGGAAAUCUCUCUCUGUCUCUCUCUUAGGGCUUUUGCUUUUCUGUGGUUCAAUCCUGGGCGAUCUGGUCCAUAAAUUCUAGGGGGCUCAUCGGAUGCGUUUUUGAGCUCCGAGAUAGGUUUUGGGAGUCAUUUCACCAACUUCUCUAGCUAACAGGAGAGGUGAAGAAAUGGACCAUGAGAAGACAGGAUGCCAAGCUCCUCCUGAACGUUCUAUUUUGUGCAUAAACAAUUGUGGUUUCUUUGGAAGUGCAGCAACUAUGAACAUGUGUUCCAAGUGCCACAAGGAUAUGAUAUUGAAACAGGAGCAGGCUAAACUUGCUGCAUCAUCUAUUGAUAAUAUUGUGAAUGGAUCAUCAACCGGCAAUGGGAAUGAAACCGUUAUUGCUACUGGUGUAGAUGUGCCAAAUUCUCUGGAGCCAAAGACCAUCCUAGUUCAGACAUCCUGUCCAUCUGGCUCAGGAGAGAGCAUAGAGGCAAAGCUGAAGGAGGGUCCUAACCGUUGCAGCACUUGCAAAAAGAGGGUUGGUUUAACAGGGUUUAAAUGUCGCUGUGGUAACCUUUUCUGUACAUCACACCGCUACUCAGACAAACAUGAUUGCCCCUUCGAUUAUCGCACUGCUGCACGAGAUGCUAUAGCUAAAGCCAAUCCAGUUGUCAAGGCAGAGAAGCUUGAUAAAAUCUAAGUACAAAUGGGAUGAAGUUUCAUGCGUUGAAGUAUGUUUGCUCAUUUUCCUCCGAGAGACUCUUUUUGAGUUGGCCACAUGUCGUAUCAGGUGUCCUUAUUUAUUGUUAUAUAUGCUGGGAGACAGGGCUAUCUAGGACAUCUAUGCACUAUGAAGAACUCUAUAUCUUGUGAUUGGCGAGAAUUUAUGUGUUGGCAUCGGUGUGUCUUAAUCUGUGGUGGUUUGAUGUAGUCUGUCAUUUGUAUGUUUCAUUCUGUUUCAUAUGCCAUUUCACUUUAGUUCUGGUUGUUAAAAUGGUGUUGUGCAAUUUCAAGAUGAUAUGAAGAUGAUCGUGGAUGUUCUCGUGGGUGGCUGUGUAAAUUUCAAA